AUGCAAUUUUCUAAGGUUAUCAUUUCUGGUCUUGUCGCCACUACCGCUGUUUCUGCUUCUCCUAUCAUUACUGAAGACUUGGUGAAGAAAGACGUUGUUGACACCGUCUUGGGAGAUGUCGAGUCUCUUCUUGGCACCGUGGUCACCGAUGUCACCAAACUCUUGGCUGAUGCCGGUGUCAACGUCACUUCCAUCCUCGAGCCAAUCCUUGCUCCCUUGGACUUAAAGAAGAGAGAUGCAGAGGCUACUAAGUUGGAGGCUAGAGACCUCGACGCUUUGGUUGGCGAUGUUGACAAGCUUGUGUCUGACCUCUUGAAGGGAGUUGGUAAACUCACCGCCGACUUGGUUGGUCUUUAA